AUAAAUUUAAUUAAAUUAAAAUCAUUUAUUUUUAUAUAUUAUUUCGGCUUUAAUAUCGGAUCCUAAUAAUCUGUAUUUUUGUAUGUACUAAAAUUUAGGGCAACUGUCUGAAACCCUAAUUUUAUUUUUGUAUUUUCUACAUGAAUAAAUUAAUCCACUGUGAGCUGAGAUUCUGAUUCAAAAAUAGCUGAGGUAGGAAUUCACUGAGUCAAUCAUGACUACUGAGUUGGAUAACUCGUCCGCCGAACCUAGUAGUUCAUCUCCGGCGGCGCCGCCACCUCCUCCGGUGAAACGAAAGAGAAAUCUAGCUGGCAUGCCAGAUCCAGAUGCAGAGGUGAUAGCAUUAUCUCCCAAGACUUUAAUGGCAACGAAUCGAUUUGUGUGUGAAAUAUGUAAUAAGGGGUUUCAGAGAGACCAAAAUUUGCAGCUACAUAGAAGGGGACAUAAUUUGCCAUGGAAGCUUAAACAACGGACUAGUACAGAGAUUAGGAAGAGGGUGUAUGUAUGUCCUGAGCCGUCGUGUGUUCAUCAUGAUCCGUCGCGGGCUUUAGGAGAUCUCACGGGGAUUAAAAAGCAUUUUUGUAGAAAACAUGGUGAGAAGAAAUGGAAAUGUGAUCAGUGUUCGAAGAAGUAUGCAGUGCAGUCGGAUUGGAAAGCUCAUUUGAAGAUAUGUGGAACACGAGAGUAUAAAUGCGAUUGCGGGACUUUGUUUUCGAGGCGGGAUAGCUUCAUUACCCAUAGAGCAUUUUGUGAUGCGUUAGCGGUGGAGAGUGCUAAAGGUCCGCCCGAAGAUGAACCUUCCAAGGAAGAGGUAGAGCCUAAGCCUCUAUCUAUAGAAUCAGCGCCGCAAUCAACAUCAACAGCUUCGCCGCCCCCACCACCAACACCAUUGCCACCUCCUCCACCUUCACCCACUGUUACCCCUGCAGUGCCGGUAUCAUCUUCAGUGGCGUGCAUCGCUAAAACACCAGAUUUGCCUGCAGAUUUGCCAGAAAUUUCAAUGUCAAAUCAUGAUUCAAGACCUGUUUUGGACAAUCCGCCACAAUUGGUGGCAGGGUUAAGUGGAGGCUCUAGUGGUAGCGGCAACUCAAUCAAUACUGGUAGCACAAGCAGCAGUGUAUUUGCAAGCUUAUUUGCUUCAUCAACGGCGUCAAAAAGUUUACAAACACAACCACCUCAAACAACUGCGUUUAAAGACAUGGUUCAAUCCAUGGCUCAACCUGCACAUACACUUGAUCAAGAACCCAUAUCACUAUGUUUAUCGACCAGCUCCUCAAUUUUCAGGACAGCGGGUCCAGAUCUCCGGCAAUAUGUCCCUCCACCUCAGCCUACUAUGUCAGCAACGGCAUUACUUCAAAAGGCUGCUCAAAUGGGUGCAUCAGCCUCUGGUGCAUCAUUACUUAGGGGAUAUGGGCUCGACCGAGAUGACACAGAUGGUGGUACAACCAUUGGGCUUGGGCUCGGGGUGGGAUAUGAUGGGAGGUCGGGUUUGGAAGAGCUGAUGAUGGGAACUCCAUCUGUAUAUGGGCCUAAACAUACCACUCUUGAUUUUCUCGGGUUAGGUAUGGCAGCUGGUGGUGGUACUACCAAUGGUUUAUCGGCUCUGAUGACUUCCAUUGGCGGAAGUCUUGAUGUUACAUCAGCUGUGUCAUCAUUUGGACGUGGUGGCAGUGGUGAGUUCACUGGAAAAGACAUGGGGACACAGUAAUGCUUGGUUACCCUCUUGUUUGUAGUAAUUAGUAAGUAGCUUAAAGUACCAAUAUGGAUUUUUUUUUCUUCUUUCUCCUUCAUUUCUAUUUUGAUGUAAAUUAUUAUUAAUUUUAUCUCUAUAUGUAUAAUUAAAUCCAGAGAAAAGUUUAUGGAACUCUGGAUCUCCGUUUGCUUAGGACCAUUGAAGGGAUCAACCUAUGCCAACUUGCUUUUUCUUAAUCCUAUGUUGUGCAUCUCAGAUUCUUCUUAAUCCUAUGUUGUGCAUCUCAGAUUCUGUACAUUGUUGACUUUCUUAUUAGUGAAAAUAUGUCUAGCUUUUUAAUAA